CCCACUCAAUCCUCAUUCCCAUCACCUAACCUGACAGCCAUGGCUUCAUCGUCGACCCUCCCUCCAGCAAAGUGGGCUGACGACUCUGAGGACGGUCCGACUCCCGACCCAGUCCCUGCCGCCGCCGCUGCCGCCGCCGCCGCUGCCGCUGCCCCUGCUCCUGCGUCUACUCCUGCUGCUACUGCUGCUGCAGACAGCCUUGCAGAGAAGCUCGAAGGUGUUGCAAUCACUCCAAACAAGGCUGCUGGCGCGUCAACCUCGUCGGGUUACAAUUUUGCCGCCAAGGACGGCCCCUCCCAGAUCGAUUGGUCGGGUGAAGUCGAAGUCCAGCAGAACGACAAGGACUCGCCACUCUACUCGGCAAAGUCGUUCGAGGAGUUGCAACUUCGCCCCGAGCUUCUCCAAGGCGUUUAUGCCAUGAAGUUCAACAAGCCAUCAAAGAUCCAGGAAACUGCACUCCCCAUGAUGCUUGCCAACCCUCCCAAAAAUCUUAUUGCCCAAUCGCAAGCCGGUACUGGCAAGACUGCGGCCUUUGUGCUCGGCAUGUUGAGUCGUAUCGACGAAACCAAGCCAUACCCUCAGGCAAUCUGCUUGUCACCUACACGUGAGUUGACACGCCAGACGGCAGAAGUCAUCCAAGCAAUGGCCAAAUUCACAAAGAUCACCACUCUUCUGGCAGUCAAGGACGGCGUUCCCAAAGGCGCUCGUAUCACCAAUCAUUUGGUGGUCGGCACACCCGGCACUGUGCAGGACCUCAUUUCCAAGCGUGCCUUCGAUCCCAGCCAUGUUGUCGUGUUUGUAUUGGACGAGGCAGACCAAAUGCUCGACCAGCAGGGCAUGGUUGACAUUUCCUUCCGUGUGCAUCGCACCUUGAAGCCUACGACGCAAUGCCUGUUUUUCUCAGCGACCUUCAAGCCCGAGAUUCGCGACAUGGCGUUGCGAGUUGCAGGUGGAUCCGCCAACACAAUCAAGCUCCAGCGCCAGGAGCUCGCCCUUGAUCGCAUCAAGCACGUCUGCAUCAUGUGCGACAGCGAGGCGAAAAAGUUUGAGGCCCUUUCAGACAUUUACGGCCUUGUGAAUGUCGGUCAAGCAAUCAUCUUCUGCCAGACUGUGGCAAAGGUCGAUAGCCUUGCCAAACAAAUGACGAGUGCUGGACACACUGUCUCUGUCAUCCACGGUCAAAGCAUGGAGUCGGCAGACCGUGACAAGGUUAUUGACGACUUCCGCAAGGGCGCCACCAAGGUCUUGAUUGCCACCAACCUGCUUGCCCGUGGCAUUGACGUUCUUCAAGUCAACGUUGUCAUCAACUACGAGCUGCCAAUGCACUUUGGCGACAAGGCCAACGAGCCCGACUGCGAGACGUACAUGCACCGUAUCGGCCGCACCGGUCGUUUCGGCCGCAAGGGUGUCGCCAUCAAUUUCGUGCACGACGCAAGGUCGCGCCAAGCCAUGGAUCAAAUCGAAAAGUUUAUGGUUAAGGCCAAGGUCGAGCGAAUCCAAGCCAGCGAUCUUGAGGCAAUCGAGGCGUCCCUGACGAUGAACUAAAAGCCCGUCCCGUUGGUUUUUUUUUCUCCCUUGUCCUGGCGGUGCCUGAUUUGAGUUGUGUUGUCGUUGUGGCAUGCUUUUCCGCUUCUUUGCCUCGUGAUUGUUUGCAAACAAUACAAACUGACGCAGGCCAUCUCUCUCAUCUUGAGUCUCAACCAG